AUGCCAAUAUUCACAUUCCUACUGGGCAAGCGUACUACACUCAGACACCUGCGUCUGGGCAUCAUGGACAGCGUGGCACUCGACACAUUCAUGUCGGUCAUCACACCAGAGUGCUUUGGCGAGCUCGAGACGAUGGACAUAUGGGCGCGAGGCGACACGGCCGCAUUCAGCAAGCACGUUGCCACCUUCCCCAAGCUCAAGCACCUCAAUCUUGCCAAGUGUCAUCAGAUCAACUCGUUGGAGAGAGCGCUGACCGAGAAGACAUCGAUCACACAUCUGGCACUGCCUCAGAUUCAGUCACCUCUCGAGUUUCGCUUCACAGGUGACAUUGGCCGAUGGACCAUGUCAAUGUCCUCGCUGCGUGUGUUGCGCAUGUCGCCACUCUAUCUGAUGCGAUCGACACAGCCAGUGCGUCUCGAACUCGACACGCUGGAACUCGAAACGUUCCAAUCCAACUCGAUCGAUCAGAACGCAAGCCUGCAGCUGGACUGUGCCUCCAACAUCCGCCACAUCAAGCUCAGCUUCCUUGGUCUGGAGACAAAGUACAACAGACUCCUGGUAUCAUACAUCAAGGCGAAUAGACAUUUGAAGAAGAUCACCUGUGCCUACAGUGAGGAGAUUGUCGCUGCACUGCAGUCUCCCGACUCUAGCAUCGAGUCAAUCGACUUUCUUUACAUGCCACGUCGCAUGGCGCCCGUCAUGGAGAUGCUGAACAAGUGUCCUUCACUCAACAGAAUCAACAUCCCACCAGUAUGCGUCAUUGACAGUGUUGUGCAGCAGUAUGGCAGCUUCCAACAUUGUCCCAACUCCAAACUCUACCAUUACUUCCGUGUCGUCGAUAGCAAUACAAACAACAAUGUAUGUUGUGCGUAA